GGCUUGGCGGCGGUUGUUUUCAAGCCACGGUACGCGGCUCUCAGCUGGGCUGCUGGGCUCGGGGCUGGGAAGCUAGAUCUGCUUCUUCCGACGCGCGCCCGCGGACCAAGCCGAGAGGGCCUGAUUGACGGGGCCCAGCGGGCAGCGUCCCCGAGGUCGUCGGCCGCGGCGAUGUCUGCCCGGUGCUGUGCUGGCCAGUUGGCCUGCUGCUGCGGAUCUGCCGGCUGUUCCCUCUGCUGCGGCUGCUGCCCAAAGUUCCGACAGUCUCGGACCACCCGCUUCAUGUAUUUAUUCUACUUCGUCCUGGUCGUCAUCCUCUGCUGUGUGAUGAUGUCACCCUCUGUGAUGAAGCAGGUGAAGGAGCACAUUCCCUUUUUUGAGGACUUCUGUAAGGGGACUAAAGCCGGGGACGACUGUGAGAACCUGGUGGGGUAUUCCGCGGUGUACAGGGUCUGCUUUGGAAUGGCUUGUUUCUUCGCUGUGUUUUGCCUGCUGACCUUAAAAGUCAACACCAGCAAAAGCUGCCGGGCCUACAUUCACAAUGGCUUUUGGUUCUUUAAAUUGCUGCUGUUAGGGGCCAUGUGCUCAGGAGCCUUCUUCAUUCCGGAUCAGGAGACGUUUUUGAAAGUCUGGCGCUAUGUGGGAGCCGCGGGGAGCUUCCUCUUCAUUUGUAUCCAGCUGCUCCUGAUCGUGGAGUUUGCACAUAAAUGGAACAAGAACUGGACUGCAGGCACUGUCCGCAAUAAGCUGUGGUUCGCCUCCCUGUCCCUGGUGACACUCAUCAUGUAUUCCGUUGCUGUUGGAGGCUUGGCUUUGAUGGCCGUGUUUUACACACAGUGGGACGACUGCGUGGACAACAAGAUCCUCCUGGGCGUGCACGGUGGCCUGUGCGUGCUCAUCUCCGUGGCAGCCAUCUCGCCCUGUGUCCAGAAUCGACAGCCACACUCUGGGCUGCUGCAGCCAGGGCUCAUAAGCUGCUAUGUCACCUACCUCACCUUCUCAGCGCUGACCAGCAAGCCUGAAAAAACCGUCCUGGAUGAACACGGGAAGAAUGUUACCAUAUGUGUGCCUGACUUUGGCCAAGACCUUCAUAGAGACGAAAACAUGGUGAGCAGGCUGGGCACCCUGCUUUUAAUUGUGUGCAUCUCGUAUUCAUGUUUGACGUCGACAACAAGGUCAAGCUCAGAUGCUCUGCAGAGGCGAUACGGAGCCCCUGAGCUGGAAGUAGCCCGGUGCUGUUUCUGCUUCGGUCCAGAUGGAGAAGACACUGAAGAGCAGCAGAAUGUCAAGACAGGACCCAGGGUCAUUUAUGAUGAGAAGAAAGGCACCGUCUACAACUACUCCUAUUUCCACUUUGUCUUCUUCCUGGCUUCCCUCUACGUGAUGAUGACUUUGACCAGCUGGUUCCACUACGAAAAUGCCACCAUUGAGACCUUCUUCUCAGGCUGGUCCGUCUUCUGGGUCAAGAUGGCCUCCUGCUGGAUGUGUGUGCUGCUGUACCUGUGGACGCUGGUGGCCCCUCUUUGCUGUCCCUCCAGGCAGUUCUCUGUGUGAGGAUGUCCAAGCGCCCCUGUGGCUCAGCAGGCCUGUGCCCACCCUGGAGGGCCACCCUUGGAAUGUGUGCGCCGGGGUUUUAGGCAGCUACUAGUGCCCUUUGAAAAGCUGACAUCCCUGGCUAGCUUAAGUAGGUCUGACAAAGCUUUCAGGAAACACGCAAAAUCUCCUGAUUAGCUUCUUGUUGCAAAAUCCAAAAGGAAACUACCAGUUUGAGCUACAGGAAUUGAGAUCUUUAGCCAAGCUGGUAGGUGCAAUUAUCUCUUUAUGCCUUACCCAAGAAUUAGCUAAAGUUUUGUUGCUGUUCUUCCAGGACAGAGCUUGGGGCACAGCGUCCAUCACAGAGAUGAAAGUGGCCUUGUAGGCCGCCACUCUCUUCCUUGGCAUAAAGAAGCAACAACAAAAACAGAGUCCUCAGCCUAAGGUGGGGCUUGACCUCUGUCACUCACUGUUGACUGCCUCCCGGAGUCUUCCAAACUCCCUGUUUAUGCAGAGCACAGAGAGCCCCUCCUUUGAGUCCACCCCCAACUACUUCCGCACAUCCCCGCCCCCAGUAUUUUCUAUUGAGGUCAUGAUGCUGGGACUCACGGCCUUGGCAGAAGUCCUUCAUUCUUGUCUAGGGUAGUGUUUGUAAUAAUGUGAAAAGCACAAUUUGUUCUCACCUUCCUGGGAUGCUCCUCCAGGUUUUCCCUACCCAAUCCGAGUCACUGCAGUAAUCCUGCCCUAUUUAUGGUAGUGUCCCUGUGACUGUAAAACAAGAUGCUUGUUGUUGUCUUUGGCCAAGCAGUGGAGGAGUACAGUUCUCACUGUGUGUGCCAUUAGCACUAAUGCUUUAAGGAUCUUAACAGAAACAUUGCUUCUCUCCUGCAGCCUGCCACACACCCCUCAGAGUGUUAAGGUCAGCCCCCCUGGUUCUCCCCCACCAUGAGACCUUCCUCCCUUACAGUGCACCCCCAAUGCUAACAGCAUGGCUUCCUAGAAGUGAAGAAGAGCUGGGGUGAGGCUCCCAGGCAGCUCCCAACAGAACUGGCGAGACAGAUCAGACAGGGCAGAAUUAGACUGAGAUGCAGAAGUCGGUGGUUGGGAGGCAUUUCACAAGACUACGAUUACAUCCACACAAAUUCCCAGAUACGUUUAUGGAAAGCAAUGCUCACAGAUGUGCAUUUUAGUGCCAAUGUUCUUGGUGAGGGAGGAAAUUUUCCCAGUGCCUAUCUGAACAAUUGGGACCCACCUAAGCCUGGUUCCCACACGCCAAAAUGUCAGAAUCUUCAUUUCUACUCACUAUUGCACUCUCCUGCUUAAAAGACCCAGGGGAAAGAAACAGCAGUGAACUCUUUGGAGAAAUUGCCCGGUUUACAGUAUUUGAGAUCCUGUCCUCACGCAAAUAAGGACACCUUGUCUGUAAGCUCCAUCAUAAUCCUUGUAUAGGAGGAAUAGGUCAGGGCCUCUUAGCAGUACAAAGACACAGGAGAACCACAGAAAGCAAAGCUAUACACUAACUCUAAACAAGGCUGGUUAAUCUAGUAGGGAUGGAGCCUUAUCACCUGGGAAUGGUUCAGAAGAGGCCGGUGUAAGGCAGCUGCAGGUCAGCAGCCCUUGCUGUGCCUGAGAGAGAUGUUGUGAAGCUGGGGGGUGGGGGGUGGGGUAACUCAGGUGCUGGUGGGAGUGGGAUUGUUUUGCCAAGGCCUGUCUCUGCUGAGACUAGAAGCCAGGCAUGGUAACUUUUGAACUGGUCCUCAUACCAGGUCACACAUUCCUGGGCUGGCCUCUCUGGAAAGCAGCUCAGGGACACAGACAGUACCAGUGGCAGUCCCUGUGGCUUCCCUCUGAACCACCCAAGACCCACUCAACUUUCCAGCUGCCUAAGCCUUGGUUGAGGGCAUGCCCUGCCCUUCAGAAGUUAGGUCUCAUACAGGAGGAAGAGUUGGCCACUCCCUUCCUCUUCUAAUGGUGUAGAUGGAUGGUCAGAAUUGAGACGAAGGGUUUCUAAGUAAGAUAUACGUAAGAAUUGAACCUUUAAUCUCAGCCAAAGGGAGGGAAUCUCUGUGGUUUCUAGGCCAGCUAUCCCUAUUUCAAAACAAAAAGUUGACAUUUGUGAUCACCUGUGAGAAACUACUCAGGUAGAGGCCUGUUUGUGAGCUUAAGAAGGCUAUUAUUUGUGAGACUUGAGAAAACUGGAAAGUGUACCAUUGUUUUGAGAUAACAACAGCAAUGUUGGCUUGCUUGAUCCACUGGUAGCUUUUAAAAAUGACAGACCUUUGCUUUGUGCAGUACCCAAGCAGGACUGUAGCAAUGCAUUCUUUGAAGCUGCCCAUCUGACCCUUAGCCAUGACAGCCCUGGAGGCAGAGUUUUAGAAAUCAUAUGUGUUCUUUCCCUCUCGUUUUUAUGAGUAAAACAUUAGUCAUGCCAGGGAGGAUUCUCCUGAGAGUCUCGUUCACGCAUGAUGCCUGCUUACCAUACCAUUUUGAGUCAAGGUUUGUGAUGCUGGAUAGCCGAUUUGGGUUUCUUGGGAGGUCAGCAGAUGAAUUGUUCUCCAGAGAUUUGGAGAAGUUUUAUAUAGUGGGUGAACUGUGAUGUGGAAAGAGUUGGGGUGAUAUGGAGUAUUGAGACUUUGGGGUGCCGAAUCCCAUAAGGAGUGGCCAGUGGGAGAUGGUGCCGGGUCUCCAGCUCCUCAGCGAUUUCACCUCAGAGUUAAUCCUCUGCCUUUACCCAAUGAUGUAUGUACUCUCACGUUGUCCUUGGUGCUUCAUGUUACCCUGGAAAGAGAGCUCCAGAGCCUGUAUUUAAACCUCCUGGGCUUCUCUUCAUCCAUUGCCUUUCUGAGCAGUGGCUCUUUUUCGUGUGCUGAAACAUAAACCAAUGCACAUCCCACACACUGCCAAGGAGUGAAAGGGCUUCAUUAGGAAGAUGGGCCCCAGGGAGGAUCCUGGGCCCCUCCUGGGACGGGAGCCUGCCACCUGGUCAUAGACUCUCAAGGUUUCUUCUCUGACUUACUAGUAAACAUUUUUAUUUCCUACAGAGAUGAACUCUCUGGCAUUGGGAUAUCUUGAGUAGGCAGGCAAGCUGAUGCGAGGGCUUUAGGUCGUUCCCAUUUUCUGUUUUCCAUUACUGAAGCAUUCACAGAGGCAGUUACUUUGAAAGGCCGAAACACUUGGCUUUUACCAAAGAGGUGUAUUUGAUUUUGUUUUAGUUGGGCAAGGGCAGAGCCAGGGUGCUGCAUUUGCCCAGUUGACUUCAAGUUUAGCCACAUUCAUGUGAGGAAAAUGAUAGAAGUCUUUAAGGAAAUCCUUUGGGAUCCUGGGAAGUUCUCUCAGGUAAAGAAAGAUUACAGCAGAUGAGUAAUAUAUGUCUUGAGAGCUAUUUAUAAAAAUUGUAAGAGGAUCAUUUUGUUUCCAUUUAUUAAACAUUUAAACUUUUUUACUUUGCAAAGGAAAAAUCUACAAACAUUUUUAUAGUCAUAACUGUUAAUUUUUUAAAAAAGAUUUUUUUGAAACAAUUAGCUGUAGCCAAAUUUUGUGGUUACACUUUUGCUAUAGUGGAGCUUGAAUGCAAUCUGUGUGGUAAGUCUAGUGUUUGUUUAUAAAAGUCUCUGACAUGGUUAGAUUUUGCUACCUUUUAAAAGUUAUUUUUCCCCAUUAGGCACAAAGCCAGUUUGUGGAUUUGUAUUUGUGCUUUUCAAUGCUACUUUUUCUAUGAAGCACCUGAAAUUGCCUGGCCUUAUCCUAUGUAGAAAACUCAACCUUGUUAACUCUGUACUUUAAUAAAAUGUAAACUUGAA